AUGAAUAUUAACAAGAAGACAAUAAACAAAAAUUUGAUCAAACUUAAUAGUGUUGUGGAACGUCGUUUAAGAAAGUUCUUGCUGGGACCUAAGAAGGGAGAAACAUUUGAACUUCGAAAUGGGUUAGUAUCACAAUACAAGCAUGAACGCAAGGAUGCGAUCCAACGUGUUAUUCAAGCAAUGACGGUUGGAAAGGAUGUUUCUUCGUUGUUCCCCGAUGUUUUGAAAAACAUUGCAACGUAUGACUUGGAGCAAAAGAAAUUGGUUUAUUUGUAUUUGAUGAACUAUGCGAAGACCAAUCCUGAAUUAUGUAUAUUAGCAGUCAACACAUUUGUGCAAGAUACAGAAGAUCCAAACCCAUUAAUUAGAGCUUUAGCUAUCAGAACAAUGGGAUGUGUAAGGGUUAGCAAAAUGGUUGACUACAUAGAAAUACCAUUGACAAGAACCUUGAAGGACGAGAAUCCAUAUGUUAGAAAGACUGCUGCAAUAUGUGUGGCUAAGUUGUUUGAUUUGAACCCAAAUGUUUGUGUUGAAUUGGGAUUUUUGGACGACUUGCAGAAUUUACUUAAGGAUCCUAACCCCAUGGUCGUUGCCAACUCUAUAAACGCCUUGUACGAGAUUAGAGACAUGAACGAGGACCCAAACUUGAAGGUUUUGGAAAUAAAUGGCGAGGUAAUCAGAAGCUUGUUGUUGUGUUUGAAUGAGUGUACUGAAUGGGGUAGAAUUACAAUCUUGACCACACUCACCGAAUACAAUACACGUGGUAAGGUCGAAGAAGCCAAUCACAUCAUUGAAAGAGUCAUACCGCAAUUACAGCAUGCGAAUCCCUCUGUGGUCUUGAGCUCUAUUAGAGCGAUUAUUUGCCAUGUUGAAAAUAUACCUGUAACUGCUCAAAGACAAUCAACUUUAAAAAAGUUAUCCGCUCCUUUAGUCUCGUUAGUCAGCUCAUCGAUACCAGAAGCUCAAUACGUGGGGUUGAAAAACAUUAGGAUUAUCUUGGAAAGAUAUCCCAGCAUAUUAUCGAAAGAGUUGAGAGUAUUCUUCAUCAAGUACUCCGAUCCCUUGUAUUUGAAGUUGGAAAAGUUGGAUAUUAUGAUAAGAUUGGCCAACGAAAGCAAUUCAGAUUUAUUACUAGGAGAAUUGAGAGAAUAUGCCAUGGAAUUUGAGCCAGCUUUAGUGACAAGGGCAAUCAAAUCGAUUGGGGCUGUUGCUAUCCAGUUGAGUGGAUCAGUGGUUAAAGCAGUGAAUCUCUUGAAUGAUAUUAUUGAUCAAAGAGGUGGUGAUUUAAUCAUCAACGAAUCAACCAUUGUGUUAACGAACAUACUAAGAAGAUAUCCUGGCAAGAGUGAUCUUACGUCUUUGAUUAUACCAAUCAUUUCAAACCACACUGUUGAGUUAGAUAAACCAGAAGCUUUGGCUGAUUACGUGUGGAUUUUGGGUGAAUAUCCUAAAUACUUUUCAAACUUGCAUGAAAAACUUGAAUCGUUGAUUAAGGGGUUUUUGGAGUGUGAAACCCUAUUACAAUUAAAUAUUUUGACAACGGUUGUUAAAAUCAAUGCAGCAAUUCCAGGUAACAAAAAGUAUUCGUCCUUGCUUCAGCAGAUUUUAGAGCUUGCCACCAAGGAAUGUGAGAAUGCUGAUGUAAGGGACAAAGCGUACAUCUAUUGGAGAUUAUUGUCAUCAUCGACAAGCAACUCAUUACAAAAGAAGAUUAUCCUAGCUAAGUUGCCACCUAUUGAGUCCACAAUUCCUACAUUUAGUCCUCAUUUAUUGGAGCAAUUGCUCAAAGAACUAUCAACCCUUAGCUCUGUAUAUCACAAGCCAGCAAAGACUUUUAUUGAUCCGUCGGCCUACUCAAGAGUUCCUAUUGGGUCCAAUGAGGAGAAUGUUGAAAGUUUGAAAAACCUAGCCAAGCAAGAGAUUAUCGACAAUUCACGUAAUGAGGAUCUUUUAAACUUCGAUGAUGAUGAAGAAGAAAAUGGCCUUUCUAGUGGGGAUGGUAAAGAUAGUGGUGUUGGCGAUUUACUUAGUGAAUUAAAUGAUUUGUUCACACCUACACCUACCAAGAGUCAACAAACAAGUUCAACUAAUACUGAUAUCCUUGAACUUUUCAAUUCUGCUCCACAAACCAACACUAACUCCGUGGCUAAUGGUAUUGAGAAUUUGCAUGUGAGUGCACAUGCAAAGGAGAACAAAGGUGUAAAUAAUGAUUUAUUAGAUUUGUUUUAG